AGGCCGGCGGCCCAGGGUUGGGCGCCAGGCACAGGACGAGGGGACGCGGCACUACUAACGCACCGCCCUCCCCUGAACGCAGGUUGGAGGCCGCGAGCACGGCGGUAAGCCCGGAGCCAUGUCCUUCUGCAGCUUCUUCGGGGGCGAGGUCUUCCAGAACCACUUUGAGCCGGGUGUCUAUGCGUGUGCCAAGUGUGGCUAUGAGCUGUUCUCCAGCCGCUCAAAGUAUGCACACUCGUCCCCAUGGCCAGCAUUCACCGAGACCAUCCAUGCUGACAGCGUGGCCAAGCGUCCAGAGCAUAAUCGACCUGAAGCCUUAAAGGUGUCCUGUGGCAAGUGUGGCAAUGGGCUGGGCCACGAGUUCCUGAAUGACGGCCCCAAGCGGGGGCAGUCCCGAUUCUGAAUAUUUAGCAGUUCCCUGAAGUUCAUCCCUAAAGGCAAAGAAACUUCUGCCUCCCAGGGGCACUAGGCAGGCAGCCCACACCCACCCCAGAUAAACACAGCAUGGCGGCCAUGCUCUGGCCAUCCCACCUUGAACUGGAACCAUGGACAUUCAGACAGACAGGUGGGGCAGGGGCGGCUGAGACAUCGGGAAGGCUACCAAGGCUUUGGUUAUGAAUGGGAUCUUUUUGGAAAAAGUUUAUUUGCCGAUAGUCCAUCCCUUUCUGCCAAGACAGGCCUGGGGGACAGGGGCCAAGCUGUUGGUCGUCUUAGCCUCCCACUCACAGAGGCAGUCUCCAGAGGGUGGGCUUUGGGCUUAGCUCAUCUUUGAGUGAUGUUACACCCCCACCUUCUCUUCACUCCAGCCCACUGUCCCCUCCCCGUAUGUCUGGACUCACCCAUGUGGGGCCCAGUUCCAAGGUGGUCUCUGGUCCUCGCCAAAGCCUGCGCCUGUCUCCCCCAAGCUGUGCUAGGAAACAACAUAAAUGGAGGUGGCCCUGGCCAGCUGCUCCAGCCCUUGUCACUGCAUGAUCCGCUCUGGUGAAACCCUUCCAGGCCAGCCAGGGUAGUGAUGGUCUGUGACCCGCUGGGGAGCAGGCCAACAGGACAGACCCUUGGUCUCUCAUCUGUGAGAGCAGAAACCCUGACCCAGUUCCACAAUCUGUGCAGAUGCAGUUUGCCUCACUCUUAGGAAAGCAGCUGUUGCUCCAUUAUCGUGACUAGCACGAGCUGGGGCCCUGGAGUUUACAACCUUCAAUUCACACCUGCAGAGAUAUCCCUUCCCGGGCUGGCCUGUGGCUCACUCGGGAGAGUGUGGUGCUGAUAACACAAAGGCCAUGGGUUCGGAUCCCAUAUAGGGAUGGCUGGUUAGCUCACUGGGUGAGCGUGGUGCUGACAACACCAAGUCAAGGGUUAAGAUCCUCUUACCGGUCAUCUUUUAGGGAAAAAAAUAAAAAUAAAAAAAAUAAAAAGAGAUGUCCCUUCCCAAGAUACGGAAACUGUAACUUACUGUACAUGGUUGGAAGCUCUUGCAGUAUGGGAGGGUGGGUGAUACCAAAGCCAUCCACCCGCACAUCUUGAAUCCUUUCAGGAGUAAUUGGGUGGAAAUCAAUAAACAAAUUAAAUCCAGGCCAGCUGUGUUUAACAAUGUCAGGGAUGCCAGGACAUGAA